AUGGCUUCUUCUUCUUCUCCUUCUUCAAAUCUGAAAAAGUAUUACCAUGUGUUCCUGAGCUUCAGAGGCCCCGAUGUCCGUGACAGCUUUCUCAGUCAUUUCUAUGCCGGUCUCGAUCAAAGAGGAAUACACACUUUUGUGGACAGUGAGGAGCUCAGGAAAGGAGAACAAAUAUCCCCGGCACUUAUGAAAGUGAUCGAGGAAUCGCGCAUUGCGGUCAUCGUUUUCACCAAGAACUACGCUUCCUCGCCAUGGUGCUUGGAAGAGUUAGCCAAAAUUAUGGAGUGCAAGGAGCAAAGAGAUCUUAAGGUCUUUCCCCUGUUUUAUAAAGUGGAACCCAGAGAAGUGAGAACACCAAGAAAGAGUUAUAGAAAAGCCAUGGCUACGCAUGAGUCCAAGUCUGGCAAGGAUUCGGGGAAAGUGAAGAGAUGGAAGAAGGCUCUCCUCGAUGCAGGUAGCUUGUCUGGGUGGGAAUUCCAUAAGGGAAAUGAAGCGGAGCUCAUACAACGCAUCGUAAAGGAACUAUCAAUUCAUCUACAGCGUGCACCCUUACAUGUCGCUAAGUAUCCGGUCGGAAUAGAUUCCCGAGUUCGGGAAGUGAUAUCAUUGUCAGAAAAAGAGACGGGUGAUGAUGAUGUUCGCAUGGUAGGUCUAUGGGGACCUGGAGGCAUAGGGAAGACCACAAUUGCUAAAGCCCUAUAUAAUUAUAUUGAGAAAGAUUUUCAGGGUACCUGUUUUUUGGAGCAAGUAAGAGAAACUUCGAACAAAAGCAAUGGUCUAGUUUCUUUGCAACAAACACUUCAUCACGAGAUAUUUCCUCAUGGAAACUUAACGGUAUAUAGUGUGGACGGAGGAAUUCCUUUGAUACGGGAAAGACUUUGUUGCAAGAAGGUUCUUCUGGUUCUUGAUGAUGUAGACCGGUUGGAUCAACUGAGUGCGUUAGCUGGAGAAGGCCAUUGGUUUGGCCAAGGAAGUAGAAUUGUUGUUACAUCAAGAGACAAACAUUUGCUGACUUCUCAUGGCAUAAAUUGUGUUUAUGAAGUUAAAACUUUAUAUGAUGAUGAAGAACAGGACCUUUUUGGUCGGUUUGCCUUCAAAAAUAGCAAGAAAGUUGAGAUAAGAAGGGAUCUCAUAGAUAGAGCAGUGCAUUACGCGAAAGGCCUUCCGUUAGCCCUCGAAGUGUUCGGCUCAUUCUUAUGUGGAAGACAGGAACCUGCAUGGGAAAGUGCACUGCGCGAGUUCGCCAAAAGUCCCCACCAGGACAUCAAUGGAGUUCUCAAGAUAAGUGUCGAUGGAUUGGACGACAAUGCAAAGGAGAUUUUCCUCGAUAUUGCUUGCUUCUUUAAGGGGAAAAGAAUAGAAUACAUCAAGGAAGUCCUUGACAGCUGCGGUUUUGAAUCAACUAUACGAAUAGAAAUUCUCAUCGAGCGCUCCUUGAUAAAAAAUGAGAAUGGGUACCUGCAAAUGCAUGAUUUAAUUCGGUUGAUGGGUAAGGAUAUUGUUAUUCAGGAAUGCCGCAGUGAUCCUAGGAAGCGCAGUAGAUUAUGGCUUUUCGAAGAUGUUUCGGACAUUCUAAGAGAUGAAACGGAAACAAAUGAAGUAAAGGCCAUAGUAUUGGACUCGCCCGAUCCGGAAGAGAUAAUUAUUAGCCCUCUUGCUUUUACGAACAUGAAAAGGUUGAGAAUGCUCAUUUUGCUUGAAGUUCCUAUCUCUUCACAUGACCCUAUACAUCUCCCUUACGAGCUAAGAUGCCUUGAAUGGCACAAUGCCCCGGAUCUGGAUUUUGGCUCUUGUCCAAAACUUGUUAGACUUGAUUUGCGGAAAAAUCGUUUCAAACAAGUUGGAUGCAAAAUUAUGAAGUUUAAAAAGUUGACGUCCAUAAAUUUCGGGGGAUGUAAGUCCCUGGCUAGUGUUCCGGACCUAUCAUCGGUUCCAAAUCUGCAGAGCUUGAAUCUUGAUGGGUGCAAAAGCUUGGUGGAGGUUCACCAAUCUGUCGGGUAUCUUCACAAGUUAAAAUUUUUGUCGCUAAAGAGUUGCUCUAAUCUUAGAAUCCUUCCAAACAAACUCGAGACAAAAUCUCUUCAAACCUUUAGUCUCAAGGAUUGCUCUAAACUUGAGGAGUUCCCCGAUUUUCUUGGAAAGAUGGAACAUCUAGAAGGACUUUAUCCGCAAUCGACGGCUAUUAGAGAACUCCCGACAUCAAUUGAAAAUCUUGUCUCUAUGAAGUGCAUGCUUUUAUGCGAAUGUAAAAACCUUGAGAGGCUUCCGUCGAGUAUUUAUAAGUUGCACAAGCUCGAGCGUCUAAGUCUUAUGUGCUGCUCGAAUUUCGUCAUGUUCCCAAAGAACUUGGAGGAUUCAACCGACCCCGAUGGCCAUUUAGGAUUUCCAAAUCUAGAGACGCUAGACCUCGGUGGCUGCAAUCUAUCAGAGGUAGACUUCCUUGAGAGCUCUUCCAGUUUUCCCAAAUUGCGGUCCCUAUGUCUUUCACAAAACAAGCAACUACAAGAGAUUCCUCGGCUUCCAUCAAAUAUGCGUAUCCUAAGAGCAAAUGGUUGCAAAUCCCAACAAAAGCUCCCGGAUAUGUCGAGACUCUCGUCCGACUACCUUGAUUUCGACCCGUCGAGACUCUCGUCCGACUACCUUGAUUUCGACCUGUCUUCAUGUGGUGAAUUAUUCCGCAAGGGGCUCAAGAUGGCUGAUGUAUCAUUACUCGAGAGUGCGUUAAUCCAAAAUGAUGUGGAUUCUUGUUGA